AUGGGCGGGGCGAGCGCCGUCGGACCCCGCCAGCGCCUCCCAAUGGUCGGUUUAGCUUGGGCGAAGUCAUGGCAACAGUGCCCAUCUCAGUGCCGCGCGGGCCUGGACGGGGCCCAGGAGCCUUGGAGCCCGGCUCGAAGCCAGAGGGCUUUCUCGGAUUGGGGGCGGCUGCCGAUUUCCACGGAGGCCUCCGCCCUUAGGUCCUUGGCCGGCUGUGUCGCUGAAGCCCAGGAAUGGCUAAUCAGGAAUGUCUCGGUGGAUUUGGGCGAAUCCCCGGCGCAUUCCUGCGGAUUGGCUGUCCCCAGGACUCCCAUCGCCCUCCACUCCGGGUACCACCAAGGGCAGCUGCUCAUCUUUGUUGCCUUAGUGACUGGUGUCAGGGACGCGCCCCCGCCCCCGCCGUGA